GCUGCUGUGGCGCUCUGGGAUUACUAACGGAAAGAACUACCGACCGCGGCCUCGGAGACACGGACGGCUAUUGUUGUUGUCGAUACUAUUGUUGUUGUUAUCGUAGCCACCUCCACACGCUGGACGUCGGAAGGAAAACAAUAAGAUACGCCGGCGGCUGCCGUCUUAACGACCUGCUGCGAUCACCUGCUCGGCGGAUCACUGGUUGAGCGCUCAGGAGGUGUGUUGAAGACUGAAGGUUCUUGGAGGGAGAACCUCACAGGGGGGUUCUCCACCCCUGACGCCCCUCCAGCCAAAGCAGCCUCCGAGACGCCCGGGAAGGGGAGGGGCCACAACAACCUCUCUGUGGGGGGUGUGAAUCUGCCGCCGGCCAUGUGUUUCUUGUGAGGCCUCAUCACCCGCCAAAAUGAGGCCGAUGCCCGGCUCGCCCCCACCCGUCCUGCCGGCCGUCCUGGCGCUCACCUUGGCCGCCGUCUGGCCUCGGCUGUCCUCGGGAGCGGCGCCGUUCCCCCAGGACCUGGAGCCCAUCAGCAUCGUGGGCCGAGAGUCCUCCUACCUCUACCCCAGCUUCCAGGGCCUCCUGUCGGACAACGACACCGUGCGCCUGGGCCUGGACUUCCAGCGGAUGCUGAGGAUCAACCGCAUGCUCUACAUCGCUGCCCGGGACCAUGUGUUUGCCAUCAAUCUCGCCACUUCGGCCGAGCAGAUAAUCCCGCAGCAGAAGCUGACUUGGAAGACGAAGGAUGUGGAGAAGUGCACCUUGAGAGGGAAGAACAGCGACGAAUGUUACAACUACAUCAAAGUGCUGGUGCCGCGCAACGACGAGACGCUCUUCGCCUGUGGCACCAACGCCUUCAACCCCACCUGCCGCAACUACAAGAUGUCCACGCUGGAGCAGGAAGGGGAGGAGGUGGUGGGACAGGCCCGCUGCCCCUUCGAGUCCCGCCAGUCCAACGUGGGCCUGUUCGCAGGUGGCGAUUUCUACUCGGCCACCAUGACGGACUUCUUGGCGAGCGACGCGGUGAUUUACAGAAGUCUGGGAGAGAGCAGCCCCGUGCUGCGCACCGUGAAGUACGACUCCAAGUGGCUGCGAGAGCCCCAUUUCCUCCACGCCAUUGAGUACGGGAACUACGUGUACUUCUUCUUCAGCGAGAUCGCGGUGGAGUACACCACCCUCGGCAAGGUGGUUUUCUCCAGAGUGGGGCGCGUCUGCAAGAACGACAACGGCGGCUCGCCGAGGGUGCUGGAGCGCUACUGGACGUCGUUCCUCAAAGCCCGGCUCAACUGCUCGGUGCCGGGCGACUCCUUCUUCUACUUCGACGUCCUGCAGUCGCUGACCAACGUGCUGCAGAUCAACCGCCGGCCGGCCGUGCUCGGCGUCUUCACCACGCAGGCCAACAGCAUCACGGGCUCGGCCGUCUGCGCCUUCUACAUGGACGACAUCGAGAAGGCUUUCGCCGGCAAAUUCAAAGAGCAGAGGAACAGCGAGACGGCGUGGACGCCGGUUCCGGAGGACCAGGUCCCGAAACCGCGGCCGGGAUGCUGCGCCGGAGAGGGCUCGGCGGCCGCCUACAAGUCGUCCACCACCUUCCCCGACGACACCCUGACCUUCAUCAAGUCCUACCCGCUCAUGGACGAGUCUGUCCCCUCCGUGGACGACAGGCCCUACUUCACCCGGACCACCAGCAGAUUCAAGUUGACCCAGAUAGCGGUGGACACGUCGGCCGGGCCGCACAAGAACUACACCGUGGUGUUCCUGGGCUCGGACAACGGGCGCGUGCUGAAGAUCCUGGCCAGCACCGAGGGCGCCAACGCCUCCUUCAGCACCCAACUGCUGGAGGACGUGGACGUCUACAACCCCGACAGGUGUAACGUGCGGGGGGAGGACCGGAGGGUGCUGGGUCUGGAGUUGGACCGGGACCACCACGCCUUGUUCGUGGCGUUCUCCGGCUGCGUGAUCCGCGUGCCGCUGAGCCGAUGCUCCGACUACGACACCUGCAAGAAAAGCUGUCUGUCUUCGCGGGACCCUUACUGCAUCUGGCUGAAGUCGGGCAGCUGUGCAACGGUCUCACCCGGCUUCAAAGGCGACUUUGAACAGGAUGUGGAGAACGGGUACCAUCAACACGCUGAAACCUGCCACGAUGUCCUGGCCACGACCCGCAAGCAAAACACGGCGCUGGAUUUGGCGUACGGGAAGACCACACCCACAAGCGCCAGCACAACCUAUCACGGGGCGGCGGCGUCCCCAAAGGAGGCAGGUGACCCUGAAAGAGGUGCAGGUCCCGAUGGCCCUCCCCCCGUCGGGGAGCAAGGGUCACCUGACUCGGAGCCAAUCAGUGUGGAGAUGGAGGGUGUGAGGCGGCCGCCAGAGCUGGAGAAGACCAAUCACAGUGUCCACUACACCCUCCUGAUCGCUUGUGUUCUGGUGGCCUUCGUCCUCGGCGCCUUCCUCUCCGGCUUCCUGGUCUCCUGCUACUGUAACCACGGGGGCCACAAGACCAAGAAGCUGUCGAAGGAUCCCGAGGCGCCGAUCCCGCACGCCUUGUCCCUCCGCAGCCUGGCCAAGCUCAACGGCCUCCUGGACAGCCAGAGCAGGGACGACAAGCUGGAGGUGUCCUCUCCGAAGAUCUACAACUCCUUCUUCGCCAACAGUAAGGAGCAUCACCCGCCGAGGAGAAACGGCCAUAACGCCAUGACAAUGGGAGACCUGGUCCAGCCGCACCACCACCUCCACCAUUCCUCGGAGCUGUCCGGUCUGCCGACACCAGAUUCGACUCCAGAACUGCCCAUAAAGAGCAUGAAAGCCUUCAAGAACCAGUGGGAGAAGAACCAGAACUGCAACAAUGCCAAAGAGCCAAAGUCCCACAACACUGGCUCCAGGCCCAGCUCCGCCCUGCUUCACCAGCAGGUCUUCCCGUACUCCCACGGCCUGUCCAAUGGGCAGCCAUUAGUCGGAGGUCACCUCCACCCAGAGGAACGCAAAAUCCAUAAUGUUGAACGUGUGCUGUCUCAGCAACCUUACCCGGGUUACUCUCAGAAGGUGAUGGAGGUAACCUCACUGGAUGAGCUCCUGAAGCACAUCCACGAGGCGAGCAGCAGCAAGACCAUCCAGUUGAUGAGCCCGUCGGGCCUGAUGGCCUGCGGCGGAGACGGAGGCAGCGGAGGCGGAGGCGGCGGAGGCGGAGGCGGUGGUCAUCUUGCGUUCGCCAACCGCAUCCAACCCCAGAUUCCCGAGACGGAAUCGGCCCCCUACUAUAGCUCAUCCACUUUACCUCGAGACAGCCUCACCCGACGGAUGGACGUCCCUCCGGACAUUCCCCAACACCACCAGUCCACCCUGGAGAGGAGGCACUCCUCCCAGAGGCACUCGCUAAUCGCUGCAGCCACCAAGAUGCCCAACGGCGGAGGAGGCGGCGGCGGCGGAGGCGGGAUGAUACCUCGGCAGCACAGCUUCAGCCAACGGAACGGCGGGCCCCACCAGCCGCCUCCGCUCCUGGCCCGGAUGAACUCGACGGGCAGCUCCUGCGAGGUGCACUACCCCCUCAUUCCCAACGGGUACAUGGCGCACCAGCACAGCUACAGCGAAGAGCAGCACGAGGUCCAGCAGAGGGGCGCCGUCGUUCGCCGGGCCUCCUCCCUCAAACCCGACGUCCCUCCGAAGCCCCUGUUCAUACCCGCCACGUCCCCCGUCAACCAGCAGGGGAAGUUCAACUACUGAGGAGGUGCGCACUCCUGGACUACAAAGGGAGUCUCCCUCGUUGUGUCUUCUUAAAGGAACUUCCCUUUUUUGAAGGAAUGCAGCGGGGGGGGUUUCGAGGUUUCGAGACCUUCGCAAAGAGUCGCCUCAACCAAACUUGUUUUGCCCUCCUCCUUUGUCCAACGAAUAUCUUUGUACCAUAUUGGUAUUGCUCAGUCACUUGCUCACGGUAGAACCACGGACUCCUCCUUAUAUUAGGCUGCCGAUGUCCUCAGUGUGGAUUUACGAUGCAACUUUUUUUGGGGGGCGCGUUGACGUCGGAAGAACUUAACAAUAUGAGUCACCUUGAAGACUUAAAAAGCCGGAGGCUACCCCGCGACGCUUGAAUUCAUGCUUUUGCUUCCAUUUUUUUCCGAUGUAGUGUUGGUAACCAGUCCCCACCCCCCGAAUGUGUUUAUAUUAUGCAUGUGUGUGUAUAUAUAUGUGUGUUUAUAUCCACACCGUAUAUGUAUACAUAUACAUAUGCAGUAUAUGUAACCUGUGGUGAAAAAAGUCAGCAAAUUCCCCUCGAAAGUAGUCUUUGCCUUACUAUACUCUCUCAUCUUUUGGGCGUAUCAAACGGUCCGCCCCCCCCCCCCCCCCGGACCCUAGGAAGCGUCCUCGAAACACCAAAUCAUGCACUUCAUCGUUACAUUCUCAGUCGGCGUCAAAACACACACCGAACCAAAUUUGUUCGUGUGGAUGAGAGAAAAGGAAAUACUUCAACAAAGCAGCUAUGUUCUUCGUCUCUUUUUCUUUCCCCCCAGUCCCAGCAGAUCGGAUCCGUUCAAGUUCCCCGAGGAUGUUUUCUGUAAGAUUGGUGCUCAGAAAAUAAUUUGUCCAAAAAAAAUGCCUCGCCAUCCGGCAUUGUGAGAAUGAACAUAAAAUUAAAAAACAGAACAGAAAGCAGUUAUUCUAAUUAUUAACUUUGUGGCUAUUGGUUGUAAAUAAAGGAAUAAUUACUAGCCAAAAUGUUAA